AUGUGCACUGCGGCUGCAAAUCAAAUCGUUCAAAUCUUGCGCGACUACUCCGCGCACUUCUCCAUCACGUCUGCCCCCUACAUGCUUUCUUACGCAACGUACAUCAGCGCCACCAUCCACGUCCGGAUAGUUGCACAAAAGGGACGCGGGUCUAAUUCCUUCCAGUGCCUCCUACUUUGUCGCGAUGUCCUACGACAACACUUACGGCUCUACGCGGCAGCAGGCAAAGCCAUGGCCAAUCUUGACAAACUCGUGGCUCAUCUUGGCAUUGUGAUUACUGAAGGGGAUGAGGUGGGCACUGAAGUGAUUGACCCUGCAGAUGAUUUGCCAGCACAGGAAAGUAUAUCUGCACCCAACAUUUCGAAUGCUUCCGAACAGACGAUCGAUAUCGGAUCUCCACAGUUGAAUUGGGGACUAUCAGAUCUUGACCUCGAGGCGAUCGCUCAAAGCUUCCGGCUUGACGGGGAACUUCAAUAUCUGAUGCACCCUGUUGGGAUCUGA